AGAGGACGGCCCCUCCGCCAUUUUCCUUACGUGGUGUCGCGCAGAGGUAGUUAGCGGAGUAACUGAGCUAGCAAAUUAGCGCUACUUAAGUCACUUUUAGAAGCGUUCAGCUCAUCCAUACCAGCGAAUAUAGUCUGUUACAACGGUAUCUGGUAUAAAUACUCAACUGCGUAAGAAAAUGUCCAACGAACAGGCCGAAAUUGCCGCCGAGACGCCAACCCAGCAGCAGCAGCCGCCGCCGCAGCAGCAGCCGGGAGAAAUGAAUGGAAAACCCAAGAAUGAGUCCAAUCCAAGCAGGAAGGAAAGGCCCCAGAAGAGAGGUGGAGGUGGUCGCUACGAACCCUAUGGAAACGCUAACAAAAGAUACCGUGUCUUUGUCAGCAACAUCCCCUAUGAUGUGAAAUGGCAAGCCCUGAAAGACCUGAUGAAGGAAAAAGGUAAGGUGUUUGGAGAAGGGAUGGACUCAUGUCAGCUUUGGACAUGACAAAAGCAGGAUCAGCAUCCAGGGUCAUUUUGUUUGACCGCUGCAGCUUUGAAGGACUUUUGGGAGUUGUACAAUGUUGUUUGAGAUCUUGUGGGAGUUAUUUGGAACAAAGCUUGUGGACAAGGUCCCUCUUAUUUGUCCGUCAACUAUGGAGUUGCUGCAGACUUGUACAAGUGCGGUGAACCUGGAUGUUAGAUUGAAUAUUUAGUCUCCAUUGAGAACUAUUAAAACCUUUGGAGGUUUUGGUGAAGUGGAGGUUGCACAUGUGAAAAGCGAGUCCAUUAAUGUGAAAUUCCAAGGGCUUGGGAUCAUGAACGGCAUCAUGAGAGGUUUUUUGAAGAAUAAAAUUGUACAGUACCUUGUACUAGGUGCAGUAAUUAAUAGUAAAAUCUGGACUCUCUUGAUGUAUAAACUGGUCAAAACUUUGGAAACAUGUCAAUGAAAUGCUUAAUUUUGCAGCAACUUUCAUGAAAAUAGUUGCUUAGCUAUGGGUUAUUGGAAAGCUCCAGAUGUGUCAUGACUAAUGCAUUAAAUGGGCUUUUACUUUAAGCUAAAGCAUGUGUUACAGGUCUAAUCCUUUUUCAGAAGGAGGGCCAGGUUUUCGUUUUAUGACAAUUGACUGUGGAGUUAAAUUGCAUUUUCUUUUUUAGGUGUGACCUUGACAAGCAAAUGUUUUCUCAGCAGAUCUCCAUGUUGUGCCAAACGCAGCUCUGUGCUGGGGAUGUCUGUGGGGUACAGGUCUACAAAAUGAAGCAGCUUCUUAUGCACUGUCCUUGUGGCUAGAGGUUUGGUCACGGAUGUCCAUUUGUUGAACAGACACGUGACCUGGAACAAAGGCGUGGCUGUGGUCGACGCUGAAUCAAAAUUCUGAUUGUGUAUUUCAGGAACAGGUCCACUUUAUGAACAGGUUUGUAGUUAGAGAAGAGUCACUCAGAUUUCGGUUAGUUCCCAGCUGUAGGGUUUUUCUUAGGCUCAGCUGAUGGACGAAUGUAUUGAUGCAUUAGCCUGAGGGUUAAAACGGCGUUAUUUGACAACGCAUGCUCAGGUUUGCAAUGAAACGGGCUGAGGCAUUGAACGGGUUCUGCCAACUUGAAAUUAUUUGGUCAAUUAUCUUCAGGUAGAAGGUGGUGUUUCAGGGCAUCAUAUCAAAUAGGAAGGCUGUUGGCCAUUUCAACAGUUGUUGUCCUCAGUCUAUUGUUUUUGGUGUUUUGGGAGAAUUCCACCAAGGACAGGCUAAGAAGUCUUUAUUUGCUUUUUUAAAAGACUCCAGCUUGCUUUUUGUAGACCUGUACCGUAUUGUGCUGCUGAGGUGCUGGGGGAAGGCUCAGGACUGGCUGUCUGAGCUCACUGUCACCGGCCGCCCUACUUGUGCUUCUGCUCUAAACCCCCAUUGUUCUCUCGGCUUCUCUCCCCUUGGUGUGUGUCGUCUCUGGAAUCUGAUUUGUAGUGGGUGAGGUAACGUACGUGGAACACUUAAUGGACGCAGAAGGCAAAUCGAGGGUAAGUGCAAAUACAUACCAAUAAAACAUAUGACUAAGCCUAGACAAACCUGUGUUUGUCAGCUGUGGUUUCUUUAUUUACAUUGUCGGGAAUUGUUCAGACUCAGAAAUCUGGUGAAGUGUGUGAGGUGGUGACAUGCCGGAGGCGUGUUUUAUUUCGUGUCGUCUGUGGCACUGUCUUGAGGCCAUCCUGAAAGGUUGAUGCUCUUAAAACAGGACUUCAGCUUCCUUCGUAGCCAAUCCUGUGGAUUGCAGUAGCUGACAAUGUCCCUUUUGGUUGCUGGAUUUGCUCCUUAGGAUCUAAUGGGUCUUAGUCUGCAAGAGGUUGUUACCAGGCUGUUAGACGGUUGUUAAAUAUAACUCACUUUGUAGAACUGCUUUCCUGGAAAUGUUACCUCCAAUAUCUUAGUCGUGGGGAAUCCUAUCUCUCUGUGGAUUUUCUGACCUUUGGAUGUUGGAAAAAACCCUCUAUAGUCACUACACUUGCCUGUAUUGUGUUACUGAGUAAACAGAAUAGAUGCUAAGAUUGUAACAGUAUUGGAAGUUCAGUGUUGUGGCCAAGGCUGUAGGCUUGUGUGUGAUGUUCAACUUUGUGCAUGGAAGUGUUUAUUUCUCCACAUUUGCUACAUAUCAUUUGAAACAUCUGUUAAAACCAUUACUUUUACUAAUUUCUAAUAUUCUCUACUCCUUUUGGUGCAACCUGUUCUGGUGUCUUCAAUCAACAAAGGGUUGCGCUGUUGUUGAGUUUAGGACUGAAGAACUGAUGAAGAAGGCAGUGGAGAAGGUCAACAAGCACAACCUCAAUGGACGUCCCCUAAAAGUGAAAGAGGACCCUGACGGUGUGAUUGCUCAGAGGGAAAUAAACAAGGCUCAAGGUGGAGGUCCUCCAGGAGGUCAUGGAGGAAUGGGGGGGAUGGGAGGAAUGGGGGGGAUGGGUGGAAUGGAUCGCAUGGGUCCUGGACCAAAUGGCCCCAUGGUCAACAUUCCUCCCAGCCUGAUGAACAAUCCCAACAUCCCCAACGAGAUCAUCCACGGCCUCCAGGCUGGCAGGAUCGGAAGCACCGUCUUUGUGGCUAAUCUUGACUACAAAGUGGGCUGGAAGAAGCUGAAGGAGGUGUUCGGCAUGGCAGGCAUGGUGGUGAGGGCCGACAUUCUGGAGGACAAGGAUGGGAAGAGCAGAGGCAUGGGCACAGUAACGUUCGACAUGCCUCUGGAAGCCGUCCAAGCUGUCUCUAUGUUCAACGGGCAGCUCUUAUUCAACAGAACCAUGCACGUCAAACUGGAUGAAAAAUCCCUUCCCAAAGACUUUGGACCACAGGACAGAGCAGCUGCUCUUCCCCGUGGUCUGAGUGGUGUGGGUUUGGGUCUGGGACCUGGUGGCCAGCCCAUCGAUGCUGCCCAGCUCAACAGAGGAGGUGGUGGAGGGAUGGGCAACAUGGGGCCUGGAGGAAUGGAUGGAAUGGGCUUUGGCAACAUGGGAGGUCGUAUGGGAGCAGGAAUGGACAACUUUGGAGGAAUGAACAACAUGGACCGUUUCAACUCUUCAGGGAUGGGCAGGAUGAACGGAAACUCUCUGGGUAUGGACCGCAUGAACUCUGGGAUGGACCGUCUGGGAGCCAGCAUGGACCGCAUGGCAGGGAUGGACCGGAUGGGCAUGGACAGGAUGGAUCGGGUGUCUGACCUGGACAGGCUGGGUUCUGGUUUCGACCGGAUUGGCUCUGGGAUGGACCGCCUGGGGCCCGGCAUGGACAGGCUCGGACCCGGUCUGGACCGCAUGACCUCCAGCAUGGACCGCCUCGGCCCGGGUGGAUUCGACCGCAUGGGCCCGUCCAGCUUGGAUCGCAUGGGCACCGGCAUGGACUUUGGCUCCCCGAUGGGCAUGGAUCGCAUGGGCAACACCGGGCUCGACAGAAUGGGGAGCAGCUUCGACUCCCGCAUGGGUUCUGCUGGAGGACUGGACCGCUUCCCCUCCGGCCUCGACCGCAUGAGCUCUGCCAUGGACCGGAUGGGAUCUGGUGGCGUUGGCGGUCAGUUCGAUCGCUCCGGGGACAUGGAUCGCGGAUUCGGCGGAAACUCCUUCGGAGGAGCCGGAGCUGGAGGACCUGGAACCGGAGGAAGCAACGUCAGGAAGGGAUGCCAGAUCUUUGUCAGAAAUCUGCCAUUUGACUUCACCUGGAAGAUGCUGAAGGACACCUUCAAUACAUGCGGUAUGGUCCAGUACGCAGAUAUUAAGAUGGAGAACGGGAAGUCUAAGGGCUGUGGUGUGGUUCGCUUCGACAACCCUGAGACGGCCGAACGCGCCUGCAGGACGAUGAACGGCUACCGGCUGAACGGAAGAGAGAUCGAUGUUCGGAUUGAUAGAAAUGCAUAAUCUGUGUUACAUCAGACGUUUCAUGUAGUCUCCAGUGUCUGAACACUCUGCAUUAUCUGAACUCUCCUUCACCACACUUUGUUAGCUAUUUGUUACACUGAGAGUUAUUUUAGUGAUUUGUAGUGGUGAACGUGUUGUUUUAGUUUGGCUUAAAUUUUACUUUCUUUUUUUUUAGAGACCAAAUUUUUAAUUUUUUGUUGUCAUGCUACAUCUGUCAUUGUCUUUGUUCUGUAAGGUGUUUUGAUAAAUAAACCUCAGUAUUUGAAAUGA